CGAGCUCUCACACCAAUCGCUGGCACGCUCUAACGUCUUACGUCUCUGAACCCAACGAUGGUUACCUGGCCUAUCGAGCUGUUAUCUCAUACCUUCAAGUAUGCAUGUUCUGAUGACUUUGGAGAAACUGCUCGUCGUCUCGGCCUCGUGUCGAAACAUUUCCGAGCCAUUGCAGAACCUAUCGAACUACGGACGAUCAAGAUUUCGGGUAUCGAGCAGCUUCAAUGGUACUUCGUGAGGCUCGAGAAACUAUAUGGUUCGACAACGGAACCUGGAUCAAACAAAACACCGUUUUAUGUCGAGCAUCUCUUUAUCAGCGAGCUGACAGCGAAACAUGCUCUUGCCGUUGACAUCGCUGUACCCCAGGGCCGCAUUGUUAGUACUUACUGGGGAACGGAAGAAGGAAGAAUUACCAGGGAGUUUUACAACAGCCACACCGUUGAUUUUUGGAACAAAGCCUCCACGCUGAUAAAGCGCGCCGGCCCAAAGCUAAAGACUUUAUGCCUUAUCUCUGCAAGGUUAUGGGACCGCCCGAACCGCUCGUACAAAGGGACGCCAGACGCAUCUCCAAAGGUGUUGGGAGCGCUUAAUAAUGCAACAUUUCCAAACCUUGUUUUUCUGGCAGUGAACCAUAACGCUGUUAGUGAAAGCGCCUGGUUUAGCGGCCGUGACUCUUCAUUCCAAUCUCCUGUGUUACCGUCACUCAGAAAAUUGCACGUCGUAUCUUCAGUUUUCUUGAACGGAGAGAAAUACGAGCAGGUCCAGUGUCAGCGCAUCCAUCCGGUUCUUGCGACCCUGAUUACCGGGACUCAGGAGAUACAGCACCUGACUAUUUGCGACUGUCACUUGCACAUGCGAUCAGUCGAGGAUAUACUUAAAGGUUUAUUCGGAAAGCAAUGGGAGGGGUCCAUGAAGAAUCGGAUAUUGCCUGGAAAGCUUCAAACUAUCGUACUGCAACAUGGGACUGAACCAUACUAUGGCUGUGGCACUGGACUUAUGGGAUACAGACGGCAGGCGCAGGGCUUCGUCACGUCCGUCCGGGGUCUACGGAUUGGCGGCCUUGAAGCACAUCUGCCUGUGCCAAGACAUCCUAAGUUGGGCAGAAGAGAGUAUGAGGAACUAUUAGCAGAAUGGAAGGAAGAGUGCCUAAUUCAAGUUUGAUGAAUUGGUUGGACAUAUUGUGUUAAUUGGUCUUCUCUGAUAAUUUCUGCAGUAUUUGAUGUGUAGAUGAGCUCGC